UGAGUGAAUCGUUGUAAGCUAAAAUAAAAGCGUAGGAGAGGAAGGACGAGGGAGUAGUGGUAUCGGCAAGUGGUCGACGAGAAGUCGAAGCGACAGAGUGUUUCUCGCUAGACGGUCUACACAGGUGUUUCGUACGGUCGGAAAUAAACUACAGGAACCACCAAAAUGUGGGAUGACGAGCCACCAGCGUGGGGAGUCGACGACGACACCCCUGCGGCCGACGGGACGACUGCGGGAGCUGAUGGGGAAGCUGCGACUGAGCCCGUACCGGUCAUUUUGCUGGCAGAUCGCGAGAAGGCACCCAAGCCGCACUAUACCUUACACUGGGUACGACCGUUGAUACUCUGGUACGACUAUCUUCACGAUUACAGAAAAAAUUAUUACGACGAUGUGAUCGACUACUUGGACAAGAGACAGAGGGGAAUUUGGCGCGAAACCCCCCGAGCUCAGGAAUGGUCGGAACGAGCCCUGCGAACCUAUUAUUCAAAGAUUUAUCCAAAGAGCCCCAAGCACUCGGCUGACAUGCACUAUUGGAUGACCAAAUUUGCCGAACCCUCGAGGCACUACAGCUACCACACUCGCGCCUACUAUAGUCUCAAGUAUCAGAAGAUCCUUUAGGAUGAUUUUGUGAUAUUUGUGUAUCACUGUCGCCCACGCGGGGAUGCACACGCAACAUUGGUACAACAGGAACCUCUCUGCUCCCAGAUAAUUCGUUAUUCGUCCAUCUCCGGUUUUUCGAUAGUUUUGUAAAAGUUAUUCAUGAGAGAAAAAAAAAAAAAAAAAUCAACAACAAUGCGAGAUAUUGCACCGUAUAUAACAUUUAGCACCGAGUGAAAAUGUCGAGGUCCUCGGACGCGUGGGUGGGCAGUCGUCGUUCUGCCUUAUACCCGUUCAUAGGGAAUAUUCGUUUGCCAAAUGUUUUCCUCGAGAAAAGUAUUAACGCAAACCAAGUGGCAGCAUUCGUCUGUCGAUUUCAAAAUACACACAACUCGUGUCAAUUGAUUCCAAUUAUCAGUCAGCGUGAAUAUGUAGUAGUGAAUAGAUUCGCAAAAAAUUUGUGGAAACCGAACUGAUUGUCACCUUUCCCACAGUCGCUGGAUAAUGCGUUAUCCUCCGCUGAAUAUUAUAAAGAAAUACUUAUGUUAAUAAAAUACUUAAUUGUUA